AAACCAAAAUCUACUAAACAGAAGCUAUAAGAAUUAGCAUAUAUGUUUUUCUUACAAUGAAGAUACAAUGCUAUUACUUAUGUUUUUCUUACAUGCAAAUGUUAAUUAUAUUUUAGUAGAAAAUAUUGAACUAUGGACCUCCUUUAAUUAAUUUCAAAUGGGUAAUUGGCAGAUGAACAAAGCCUCAAUUAUUGUGGACGCCUCCAAAUACAUAAAAGAGUUGAAGCAAAAAGUGGAGGGAAUGAACUCUGAGUUAGGAAACGUUGAGUCCUCAACUUCUCAAAUGGAUGAGCAACCUAUGGUGAGUGUGAAAACCCUAGAAAAGGGUUUCCUGAUUAAUGUGCUUUUGGAAAAGAAUAGCCCUGGUAUGUUGGUGUCAAUACUGGAAGCUUUUGAAGAUCUGGGACUUGAUGUGCUUGAUGCUAGGGUUUCUUGUGAAGACACUUUCCAACUAGAAGCUGUGGGAGGAGAUAGUCAUAAGGACGAUAGUAUCAACGCACAAGUGGUGAAACAAGCAGUGUUGCAAGCAAUCAAGAACACGGACUCAUCAAAAUGAUAGAUGCAUACUAAUAAAUCCAGUACACUUUUUUGUCUUGUUUUAUAAGCUUCAAAUUUACACAUAUAUAUCCAAGUGAAACAAUAUCCGUGAUUCCAUCAAAUUCUGCCAAAAUCUGAGGUGCCUACCACUUCAAUGGCCCUUACAUAAUAUUGAUAUGGCUUGUCAUCAGCAUCUUAUUAUGGAUAGUUUGGAAAAGAAAUGAAUGGCACACAUUUUACAAGUUUCAUGUUAUGGUAGUAACAUUUUGUAUUUUAGUGGGUGGGGAAGUGAUAUGCCCGCUAAUGUAUGGGUAUAUCGUCGUAAUAAAAAGAAUAUCGUAUCUAUAGGGACGUAUGAAUCUCAAUUAUAGAGUUCAUCAUUACAAUGUACACUUUCAUUGACAUGAAAAAUCAUUUCCUAA